UCAUCAUCCGCUACUCACAGCUGCACAUCCGGAUUGCUCCUUCUGUCUGACGGUAUUCAUGUCUCGAAUCAAUCCCUUAGUCAAGUUUUGUCAAAAGAUUCGUGUAUCUUCGCCAUGACAACUGACUCCCCGCUCCCCAGCCUCGACAACUCUCCCUACGGCUCCCUCGCCAGGCAGCGGGACGGCUAUUUCCAGUGCGGUUCCUGCGAAAAAAGAUACAACCGAGCCGACCACCUGAUUCGCCAUGUUCGAUCACAUACUCGCGAGAAGCCAUACGUAUGUGACAUUUGCAAUAAAGGCUUCGCCAGACCGUGAGUUGUCUCUUUGUGGAAUUAUACCCCAACGAAGAAGACACAGCACAUUUGUGUUUUCGAGUCUGAAUCUGUUGCAGGGACCUGAUGAAGCGACACGCGGCCAGUCAUAUUCAUCCACGCGACAGCAAACGAAGGCGUCUCCCCUCCUAUCCCAAGAAUGGUCGUGUGUCGCAGGCCUGUAAGACCUGCGCUGCAUCGAAACUCAAGUGCGACGAGGAGAAGCCUUGUCGCCGAUGUCGGGAGAAGAAUUUGGUCUGCGAUUGGGCGCAGAAUGGCACUCCCAUCGACACAUCCCCUCCUCAACCACAACGACAAGCAUCUCAGAGCGAUCAGACGCCCCAUCUCCCUGUCGAUGUAUCACAGUAUCCGAACCAUAUGGUCAGUCCAAAUGAGCAGAUGAACAAUUACGUACCCGCGGGGCUUCAAUCCGGGUCGUCUACUGUAGAUCGCGAAAGUGGCGUGUUCAGUGUCGACGGUACCUUCUUUCCCGACUUUAUCCCGGACUCACUGAUACCUUCAUUGUCCCGAACAGGCGAUCUGGACCCGCUACCUGUCCUUCCACAGGACUACAUCCACAGCGUAUUCAAUCACAAUGUUGACUUCGACUUCGAUUUGACCGACGUGGAUUAUGGACUCAUUGACAUCUUCAACUCUCGGGGAGCUGUCCAUCAUAAUGCCCACAAUGGCGACGGAGCCAACGAUUGUGGUGAUGCUGACAGUGGCAUCGCCAUCGGUGCCGAGGCGUAUCAUCGGUCAUCUUUGUCUGCGUGGAAACCGGCCCACGAAGAUCAUGCGUUUGCCGACCAGGAAAAUCUGUCGCCCGUGGCCAAUUCCAGACUGGAUCGUCGGAUCCUCUCGGAGCGGUUGUCCCCAAGUGGUCGUGAUCUCAUUUUUGGCAUGGUGCUGCAGACCAGCCAGCGAGCCAACCUAACUCGCAUCAUGAAAUCCUUUCCGAGUACCCAACUGCUGGACAGUUUGAUCCAGUACUAUUUCGAGUCCCAAAGGUACCACAUAGACUCCUGGAUCCAUGGACCGACCUUUCGGAUGAAAGACGAGCCCCCCGAUAUCCUUGCCGCUCUUGCCGCUGCUGGAGCCGCUCGAUCAACCAUUCCGACCAUCCGCAGGUUAGGUUAUGCCUUGAUGGAAAUAGUACGCCUCCAGAUGUCGGUAAAGUACGAGAGCGACAAUAGCACCACACGCGAUCUGCGCGCCUCGCAGACGUUUGCUCUGACCAUCGAUGUUGGAAUAUGGAGUGGCAACGCACGGAGGACAGAGAUUGCGGAAAGCUUCCAGCAGCCUUUGGUCACGAUGUUGCGACGUGCCUUACGUUUUCGACGCUCAGUCUAUUCCAACAUCGCACCGAGUACCGACGACGAUGGAAAUGUUCUGGAGAAAAAAUGGCGGGAAUGGGUUCAAUCCGAAUCAUUCAACAGACUCAUACAUCACAUGUUUCUGCAUGAUGCCCAAUCAGCGAUGAUGUUGAACGUGAACCCAAUAAUCUCGUAUUCCGAGCUGGAACUUCCUCUGCCUGCUCCUCGCUCGUUGUGGGAGGCCGAAUCUGCCAAAGACUGGAAGGAAGCGUACUUGGCGAGUGGCCUUUCUAGUCGUGGCCGAACACCCUCGUUGGUUGACACUCUACAAGACAUGUCCCAGUUAUCGGCAUAUCAAUCCCGAAUUGAUCUUCAACUGUCCACCUUGGCCCUCAUUCACGGUCUCUCUACGCUAGUCAGCGAAUACCAUCGCCAAAAAUUUAUAACGAAAGACCAUUCCAAACACUGGAGUGCUUUGGUGAUCAGUUCACGACAUCAAGAGUUGACGCAAGCACUACAACAUCUACGCAUGCUUUGUUUCGAGAUGUCUAGCGCUCUCGCGCCCGGGAUUGUUUUGGUAUUUGAACUCAUUUCCAUGUUCCUCCACAUGUCGCUGGAGGAACUGCAGCUGUUCGCAGGCAAGGAGGACAAGAACGAAGCCCGUCGGGUCUACCACAGCGCGAUCGAGUGGAUCAGCAGUAUUGACUCGCGACGAGCGAUUUGGCACGCCGGCCAAGUGAUACGGGCGGCAAAAGUCAUGCCUCCGGGGUCUUUAACUCGGUUCUUUGCUUUGGGAGUCUACUACGCUAGUCUCGCGUUUUGGUCCUACAGCGUUGUAUCGAAAGCCAAAGAUUCCCAAGCGGUCGUCGGCAGUCCGCCAUCGGACCCGCAAUUCCGCGGUCCCUGGCCCACAGUCUAUCUGGAUGGUGAGGAAACGACCGACGUGCAACGGUUCAUCUCAUUAGGUUGCGGCUGUCCAGCUUUGCAUGCUCCAAGUGGUGCCGCUGUCAUCGCCGAUCCCAGCCGGAUCAUGGAUACAGUUCAAACACUUCUGCGAGGCGAUGCCCACCAUGAUAAUUUAUCUCCAUUCGUCCAAGGUCUUUGUCAGUUGAUGUGCGAUUUGGGCAACGCAGCCUAUGCCUCUACAUGAUAUUGGUACCGCU